AUGGCUCCGAGACCAGCAGAGAUUGAUCGCAAUUUACGAAAUCAACAGAGAUGGCUCAUGUUGCUUCGUCAUGCACGGACCUGCAAACCGCUAGGAGGGAAGUGCCAAGACCCAUAUUGCGUUACUGCUCGGAAUCUAUGGAGUCACAUGGAUUGUUGCGUUGAACUUCAGUGUCUGUAUCCUCGUUGUCGUCCCACAAAGGUAUUGAUUAGCCACCAUAGAUACUGCACGGCUCCUCGGUGCCCCGUCUGUGAGCCAGUCAAGACCUGCCUUCAGCAACACGCUAAUGUACGUGCCCUGGCCUCUUUAAUAAUCGAAAGCAGUACCGUGGACAAUGCUGUAGUAUCAAGUGAGUCAGUACACGCUUUUUCUGCUGACACUUUGGAUGAUUCGGAACUCCGAGAGUACAUGCGAACGCUUGUUUUGAACACGUUACAGCAACAUCAACCAUCUCCGGCUGAUGAUGCAUCAAAGGCCAAGUACAUGGAUGUUGCUAGACGCUUAGACGAGUUGCUGUUUCAAAUGGCUAACUCAAAGGGCAGAGAGGAGCUUCUUGAGAACGUAAAUCAGUUGGAGACUGCUGAAGAUGAUGAUCCGAAGUCCGUACCGAAAGGAAAGAAGAUAAUAAUAGCUGUAAAGAUGAACAAAGUAAAACCAGAAGGGUUCCUUAAUGAUGAUAUGUAUUCAGACUUAAAGAGAAACAUAAAGUAA